ACAUUAUGCUUAAUUUGUUAUUCAUCUCAUUCAUUUAUCGUUGGUGCAUUUUUAAUUCCAAAUUAUAUAAACAAUCUCCAAUCCUAGCCUUAUAAUCUAUUGACCCAAAAUUAUUGUCUGUCCUGAUCUUUUUUCCUUUACUCCCUUCCCAUAAACAAUUUACUCAUAAAAAACACAUUCUCCUAAUCGCUUGGUGUUCAAUAUUAACUAAAUAUUGAUGUGUUUUAAUUUGCUUUUGCCAAGCUACAAUUUGUGUUAAAAGUGUUUGAAUAAAUUGAAUUUACUCAAAUCGCAUGAGAUCCACCAGUUAUGGGAUGUGUAUACUCAACACCACAAAGACCUUUGUUCCGUCGAUCAGAGGAAGCUAAUGGCAAUGGCUCAACAGUUAAUAACUCUAAGAUUUUUGAUGUUGUAAAUGUUGAUGAUCGUGGUAAUGAGAUAAAUCAUGGUCAAAUUGAGAUUACCGAGAAUGAUUUAAUUUUGCAUCAAAGGAACAAAAAUUCUAUUGUUUGGCCAUUGAGGUCUCUUCGGCGUUAUGGAUUUGAUGCUGAAUUGUUUAGUUUUGAAUGUGGCCGUCGAUGUUCAACUGGACCAGGUAUUUACGCCUUCAAAUGUGUUCAUGCAGAGCAGUUAUUUAAUGUCUUACAAGAGUCUUUACAACAUUGUACUAACAUUACGACGCCAAAUAAUCAUAUCACUUCACCUCAGCAUGGGACAAAUCAAGAGUCUGUUAAUCUUGGUACAACAGUUGCAUCUCCGGUGAUUCCAACAUCAACAGGUUCAAAUUGUAGUGCUCCACCUGAAUUAGCUGCUAGAGCUCCAGUUCCAGUUCCUCCACCACCACUUCUUCCUAAUUCACCUCCUCAUUCUUACGUCAAUGACAUAAGAAGCUAUAUAAAUUCACCCUUCUAUGCAAAUACAGGAGUAAUGAAUGGAACAAUUGCUGGGCUCCCAUUUCCUUCCUCGCAUGUAAACAUAUCAAAAGGAAGGACCGGAUCAGCACGAAGUGCCAGUGAUAUAAACACUAAUUAUGCUAAACUAGAUGAUCUUGUCGAUUAUGUAAAUAUUGAUACUGCCGCGGCUCAAUAUCAAACCGGCGUAUUGGACUCCACUGUUACCACCACUGCACCAACUGUUAUCGCCACAACAACUUGUACUAAUACAUCAAGUAAUUCUGAAACAAAUGAGUCUUUAUCCACCAAACGAAGAGCUUCGUUAGCAUGUGAAGAAUUUAUUAUUACCAAUGAUGAAGAACAAAAUUGUUCGACUAAUGCUAAAGAUGCUAAACCACCAAAUUUACCAGUUAAACCUUUGCCUACAAUGGUUCCAUCAUGUUCAUCCUCCACAGCCAUCCAAGGUUCAUCUAGUCAAUCUUCUCAAGCAGGUCCAACGAUAAGUCCUAAAUUGACGAGAAGAUCAGAGAGUGCUCUGAGUGAAUCAAUAACACUAUCCGAAAUUGCCGAGCCUGUAAACUAUAUCAUAUUAGAUCUUGAAAAUACUAAUACGAACAAUAAUAACGGCCCUGUCUAUGUUACAACUGGUCCAGCUACACCUGUAUUUAAAACUCCAGAAGAAGGUUCAUUUAUUUUACCAGGAACUACACCACCUUCAACUCCAACGUCGAUUAAAUCUAUAAGUAGUAAUUAUCCACCUCAAUCGUAUGCUACAAUCGAUUUCGACAAAACAAUGGCUCUCUCCAAUUCAGCGGCUAGUCAUCGAAAGAUCUAAUCAAGCCAUCAUUAUAGCCAAAUCCAAUUAACGCACAUUCAUUAACAUCGACACUUCAACAUUUUUCCUUUUAUUUUUUCUUUCUUGUUCAAUCUCAUAUCUAUCAUGAAUUUUUCUCAGCGAUUGCAUUAUCGAUCAAAGAAAAGACGACGAUGUCUAAAAAUGUCGUCUCGUUUAAUCAACUAAUCAGAAGACGAAUUGUUAUUUUAUUUUCAAGUGAGAAAACAAACAUCUAUAUUACAAUUACAUAAUGUAAAUUAUCUGUCACUCAUUUCAUGAUGAACAACUGGAACCUGUUGAUAAUUUUUAACUUUUACCCUUAUGUUUAAUUUAUGAAACGACAAAAUUUCAUGCCAAAUGUAUUCAAUUUGACUGAACAGCUAAGAUCAUUUUAUAAAUGAAAUUAUAAACUGUGCGGUCAUAUGGUUAGGAGUGCAUAGUAAGUGUUGACUCUACAGUAAUUUAGACAAGACUCUGGAAACAUCGAGAAAUGGUCGUUAAGUUAACUUGACAAUUAAGGAUAUUUAAAAGUAACAAACGGUGCAUUAUCAGGUUCACAAGAAAUCAAUUUCCAUCAUUUGAUGACCAGUUCAACGACUCGAUGUUCAUUUAUCUAUGAAUGUUUAUCGCUGCUUGACGGUAAAUUUUUAACAUUUUUUUACACCGGAUAGAACCAUCAAGUGUCCAAUUUGAGUUUAACUGAAAUAUCUAGUGAUUGUUAAGCAAAUGAUACAGUAAACUCAACGGACACUCAACAGUUUAACUGUCCAGUUUUUCAGGAUCCAACCAACCAAAGAGUAAAGAAACUUCUCUACUCUAAUCAAUCAAGUAUUGCUGCCUGAUGGCCUAAUCUAAUUUCUUCUAUUGUAUUAUAAAUUAUCUCAACUGAGAAAUACUACGAAAAAUUCACUUAAUUAUUGAAUAAUGUUUUCCCGCUAUUUAUUUUUGACAUGUGCUUUGCAUUUCAUCAGCUAUUUUUUUUAUAAGUAGUGUCUAAUUAUUGCGUUUCAACAUAAAGUAUUUCAUUUUAUCUAUUUAGCUAUAUUUUCAUUAUCAUUCAACAUUGGUCUCUAUUCCAAUCGAUCAAGGAAUUGCUUGUUGGGAAGAAAAGGAAGAACCACCAGCAGUUAUAGCACUCUUCGAGUAAAAAAUUAUCGAAAUGUUCCCAAUUUAAAAUUAAAGUAAUUUUAUGUAAUCAAGUGCAAAAAUCUUCACUUAACUUUACAAAUGACCACUCGGAUGAAUUAUAUGUUAUGUUUGUAACUUAUAUUUAUAAAAUUAUUAAACAUGUACAUUAUAAUUUGA